GCAUGUUUCUGCUGUCCUAAGACUAUAAAACCGUGCACCUCUUCCAGACCCCUCUUCCCAUGCGCAAGCGCAUACAAACUGGGGAGACCCAUUCGGACUACUAUUCUUUUGUUUUUUGUUUCACUUUAUCUCCUGUACUUUAAUACUUUUUUCCUUUUGCUUUUCACAAAUUUCACAUUUAUAAUUUUUUUUUAAGAAAUGGCUAUCACCAACACGCUCUUUGACCGCUCCAUCCUGGGACCAGCGCUCUCGCAAUGAUCCCAGCCAACUACAUAAUGCGUCCCCUGGAGCUGACCGAUUUCCGCAAGGGCUACAUGGAGUGCCUCUCCAACCUGACUAUCGUCGGCGACGUCACCGAGGACAUGUUCAGCGACAACUUUGAGGAGAUGCAACGCGCCGGCGGAUACUUUAUCAUUGUAAUCGAAGAUCUCCUGGCCGAGAGAAUCGUUGCCUCGGGCUCGCUGGUUGUCGAGCAAAAGUUUUUGCGUAAUUGCGGGCGCGUGGGUCAUAUCGAGGAUAUCGUUGUUGCUAAGGGACAGCAGGGUAAGCGGUUUGGGUUUACUGUUAUUAAGCAGCUGCUGGAGCUCGCCAAUGCUACGGGUUGCUACAAGGCCAUUUUGGAUUGCGAUGCGGAUAAUGUCGCUUUUUAUGAAAAAUGCGGGUUGGUUAACAAGGGCAACGUGCAAAUGGCUGUUUACGCGCCGGACGCUGCUCACAAGUGAGCGCUAUUGUUUUGUGCGUUGUUUGUUUGUUUUUUCACGCACUAUUUUAUUUUUGUCGUACUGUGCGCUAUUUUUUCAAUCUAGAAUUUUUAUUUCAUAUUUUCAUAUUUUCAAUUUGAAAACAAUAA